GGACCCCCCCCCCAUAACUGCUAUUGGACGCCGCGCGCAUCUUUUUAACCCCAGCGGCGCCUGACGGCGCAACACGGAAGUGAAAUGGCGGCGGCAGCGCCGGGAGGUGGCGGGUCCCAGUCCGCCGCUCAUCGCAGGUUGCGAAUCCUUUCGGGCCACUUGCGCAGCGCUUCGGAGGCCGACCUGUCAGCUAGCCAAUGCCGAGGGCGAGUAGCCGCGACGCCACCAGGAUCUCAGUCGGGCACCUUCCCCAAGAGACGGCAAGAAGUUUUAAAGUGGAAUGGAUGGGGAUACAAUGACUCAAGAUUCAUUUUGAAUAAGAAGGGGCAGGGAGAAUUCACCGGAAAAAGGUACCAAAUAGGCGGACUGAUCUUCCCACUUUUGAAAGAUUGGAUGGAGAAAACUUUUAGUGGAAAUCUGGAACAUAAAACUACUCCUAAAGCAUCCUUAAAUAUCAGUGAUGUACCUCCCUCCAUUGCAAGUGAAGAAUUUCUCCAAGACCUCCAAAAUGCUAAAAUCUCAUAUACACAGGAAGCAGAAUCUAGACUUUUUAGAGCCCAUGGACAUUGCCUACAUGAGAUUUUUUUGCUCAGGGAAGGAAUGUUUAAGAGGGUUCCUGAUGUAGUGGUAUGGCCAGAAUGCCAUGAUGAUGUAGUUAAAAUUGUGGAAAUAGCCUGCAAGCAUAAUAUUUGUAUUAUACCUUAUGGCGGAGGUACAAGCGUUACCGGUGCACUUGAGUGUCCUCCUGAUGAAAAAAGAACAAUUGUUUCACUAGACACUUCACAAAUGAACAGGAUUCACUGGAUAGAUGAGAAAAAUUUAACUGCUCAUGUUGAUGCUGGCAUUGUUGGCCAAGACUUGGAAAAACAGCUUGGUGAAAGUGGUUAUUGUACGGGUCACGAACCAGAUUCAAUGGAAUUUAGUACUCUUGGAGGAUGGGUAGCCACCCGAGCAUCAGGCAUGAAGAAAAAUAUUUAUGGAAAUAUUGAAGAUCUGGUGGUUCAUAUCAAAAUGGUAACACCCAAAGGCGUAAUCCAAAAAAGCUGUCAAGGACCACGCAUGUCAACAGGACCUGACAUUCAUCAUUUCAUUUUAGGAUCUGAAGGAAUCCUUGGAGUGAUAACAGAAGUUACAAUAAAAAUUCGACCAGUCCCUGAAUACCAAAAGUACGGCUCUGUAGUAUUUCCAAACUUUGAGAAAGGGGUGGCCUGUUUAAGAGAAAUAGCAAAGCAGCGAUGUGCUCCUGCAUCCAUUCGCCUGAUGGACAAUACACAGUUUCAGUUUGGUCAUGCUCUUAAACCACAGGUUGCAUCUAUUUUUACAUCACUACUAGAUGGACUGAAAAAAUUUUACAUCACAAAGUUCAAAGGAUUUGAUCCCAAUGUAUUAUGUGUUGCUACGUUGUUAUUUGAGGGUGACAGAGAGAAAGUCCUUCAGCACGAAAAGCAAGUUUAUGAUAUUGCUGCAAAAUUUGGCGGUCUUGCAGCUGGAGAAGACAAUGGACAGAGAGGCUAUAUGAUGACAUUUGUCAUUGCCUACCUUAGGGACCUUGGCAUGGAUUAUUAUACGAUAGGAGAAUCAUUUGAAACAUCCGUUCCUUGGGAUAGGGUUCUUGAUCUGUGCAAAAAUGUAAAGGAAAGAAUAACAAGAGAAUGCAAAGAAAAAGGUGUUCAGUUUCCACCAUUUGCUACCUGUCGGGUAACACAGAUGUAUGAUUCCGGUGCAUGUGUCUACUUCUAUUUGGGCUUUAACUACAGAGGAAUUAGUGACCCUAUUCGGGUUUAUGAAGAAAUAGAGACAGCAGCUAGAGAUGAAAUCCUUGCUAAUGGAGGAAGCUUGUCACAUCAUCAUGGAGUGGGCAAGUUACGAAAACAUUGGCUGAAAGAAUGUGUAUCUGAUGUUGGCUUUGGGAUGCUGAAAUCCAUCAAACAAUUUGUGGACCCCAAUAACAUAUUUGGGAAUGGAAACCUUUUAUAACCUUGUUACUCUCCACGCUGAAGUACCGGAAAGAAUAAUGUUUGACUCUCAUAGCUUUUCCCAGUAUCCAAAAAUAGCAUGGAAUUAGUUUCAAAAGCUUUUCCUUCCCUGCAAAUUUUAUUGCUUCUUUCAAUUGCAGAGAGAAGACUGUUCACAUGCAAUCAGUUCAGAAUAUAGUUAGGUCCAUUCAAUUGAUAACCUAUUUGGAUGGCUUUCCUGCUAUAAGGUGCUGAAAUGUUUGAGAGUGACCCUGAUGUGGUUGGAGACUUUCUUGAUAGAAAAGCACUUUGGGAAAGCAGAUGAAAAAUAGGAGUAUAUUUAACUGAAAUACGAUUUUCUAUUGAACAGUUAAAGCAGAUAGUAGCAAUGCCAAGCUGCAAUUGGGAAAGAAAAGGUUGAUAUUUGGAUAGGAGACAAAACAGGCUUUCCUCUCUGAUACUAUUUAAAAAAAUUAAAUGUUUUUAAAACCUCUAUCGACCUAACUGAGCCAGAAAGGUAAAACUUUCUUUCUCGAUAUUGGAAUUCAUUGUUACAUAAAAUGUCAAGCUUCAUAAUUGGUCUUCAUUUAUUUUAGAGGGCAACUUUUCCUAAGAAUAAAAAUAGUGCUAUUAGUUCUAAUUCUUCAAUAGGAAAAAAAAAUGAAACUUCAGCCUUUACAAAUCGAAGCAAUGUUUAUGUUGUUUACCCACAAAAACAAAAUACCAAGCUUCUAAAAGUAUCCAUGAGCAUUUAAAUUAUAUAUAUAUAAAUGUAAUAUUUCACAGGAUAGUUAAAACAAUGCAGUGGGUCUAGCCUUUUCUUCUGUCAAUGAUAGACUAGAAUCUCCUGAGCACACAUUCUUUUUGGCAGAAAAGUUGAGGGAAGGAAUAUUAUUUUAUGCUAAUCCAUGAGCCACUUCCUAGAGUUUAUUCUCAUUAAGCAUACCUAAAUCAAGCUGACUUUAUUGGGAUUAAACUGUUUACAUGUUACACCCAUCCCAACCCAUUAUUGUGAAAUGAGAUUUAAUCAGUUUUGUUGUAAAGAAGCUUACAUAAACAAAAGUCCUUGAAACAUUUUUAGCUUUUAUUCUGCUUUGAUAACAAAAUUGAAGUUUCAUAUACAAAUUUAACUAUGUAGCUAAACUCAGAAACAUGAAUGUUAUC